GAACAUCAGAAAUUAAUGAAACCAGGCGGAAAAUCAAAUAGACCUAAUGACCAACUUUCGUGAAUAUACCAUGACAUUGUAACUUGGAAAUGCGUAAUUAUUUCAGUCAAAAAUGAACAGUGUAGCUACACUUGUUGGUUUAGCUGUAGCAUCAACAGCUGCUGCACUUGUUAUAUUGAUAGCAUUAGCCAAUGGUCAGUCAACCACAAACAAAUCCACACAAUUGAGCGGAAAUGGAACUAACGGACACUGGAUCGAUCCGAACGGACCCAGCGUUCAGUUUAUAUUAUUUACGAGGCAAUAUCAGCCUUAUAAUCUACGAUCCGGCAAUAUCGAAGACUUUAGGAAUUCAGGAAUCAACUUGAGCAACCCUGUCAAAAUAAUAAUUCACGGUUUUCUGAGCAGCUCAGCUGAAGAAAUAUUUGUUGUGAAUAAAAAUGCGUAUCUGGAAACCGGCGACUACAACAUAUUCGCUAUGGACUGGUCAGUACUCUGCCAGUUCGAAUAUUUAUCAGCAGUGCGGGGAGCCAGAAUAGCAGGACAUUAUCUCGGAAAGUUUCUCAACUGGCUGGUCCAGAUGGAGGUCCCGUUGAAAAGUAUUCAUUUGAUCGGACACAGCAUGGGAGCGCAUGUUGCUGGCAUAGGGGGCGGCAAUGUCGAUAAUGGACGGGUAGCAAAGAUUACUGCCUUAGAUCCAGCUAGACCAGGUUAUAGAGAUACACAAAAUGAACACAAACUGGACAGAGGAGAUGCCAGUGUCGUGGAUGUUAUCCACACUUAUGCCAGAAUUUUGAGUCUUGCGGAACCAGUUGGUCAUGUAGAUUUUUACCCCAAUGGAGGAAUCAUUCAGCCCGGAUGUCCUGAUAUCAACGAUAUUUGGAAAGUCUCGGAGAGUUUAUUUUGUAAUCACGGACGUGCGUAUCUUCUGUUCGCAGAAUCAAUAAGAAACAAGAACGCAUUCAAAAGUAGAAGAUGUGAUUCAUUUGAAAAUGCGGUGCAAGGAAAGUGCUACGAAGAGUCUGAUGUAUAUAUGGGACAAUCUGAAACGUACAGGGAUGGAAUUUACUACUUAAAAACACGAGAUGAGUCUCCAUAUAGUUUUUCUUGAUGUUUCGAGAAUAUUGUGAGAAGCAGAGUAUUC